GUCAGUGUGUUGGUGUACACUUCAAAGCAUUGCGUCCAUUCUUCUCUCGGACCGUCCAGGCUACGGAACGCUUUGGCUGCACAGUGCUAGCGGGUGGACUUUGCACCGGCGUCGCUUGUUGUAUGUUUCACCAUCGUUUACAGCGUUUUUACAACGUUUAGCCCAGCGGUUUGUUGGGAGAUCGAGCUGUCAACUCAAUUUCCAUCCGGGACACCGCACCGAAAUCUACACACAACGGUCGGCCCUUUUAAAUCCCCCGUGGACUCUAAACCACAACAACGACCCAAGAUGAGCUCGCGGCUACGUAAUCCUUUCCGUAGCGCUCAGGAACGCAUACCCGAUCCUGAUGCAGCGAUGGCGCAUCUUCGCUCUGCACCGCCCAAAAAAGAGGAUGAGCAGACCGGACAGCUGAUAGGGUUUGCUACCCUGCCUGACCAGGUGCACCGCAAGUCCAUCAAGAAAGGAUUCGAAUUCACGCUUAUUGUUGUAGGUGAGACAGGUUUGGGGAAGUCCACCUUGAUCAACAGCCUGUUUCUGACAGACCUGUACAAGGAUAAGGUGGUACCUACAGCUGAAGAGAGAAUAAGCAAGACGGUAGAGAUAAAGAAGUCGACAGUAGAGAUAGAGGAGAAGGGAGUGAAGUUAAAACUGAACGUCAUCGACACGCCUGGGUUUGGGGACUCUCUAGACUGUUCUGACUGCUGGAAGCAGGUGGCAGACUUCAUCGAGGCCCAGUUUGAGCAGUACUUCCGUGACGAGAGUGGCCUGAACCGUAAGAACAUCACAGACAACAGGGUCCACUGCUGCUUGUACUUCAUACCUCCAUAUGGCCACGGGUUGAGACCAUUAGAUAGAGAGUUCAUGAAGCGGCUUCAGGACAAGGUCAACAUCGUUCCUGUCAUUGCCAAGGCCGACACCCUCACCCCAGCAGAGGUUAAAAAGCUCAAGGCAAAGAUUAACGAGGAGAUUGAGAAGUGUGAGAUAAAGAUUUACCAGUUCCCAGACUGUGAUUCAGACGAGGACGAGGAGUUCAAACAGCAGGACAAUGCUCUCAAGUGGGAGCUCAGGGAUGAGGCGUGCAUUCCAUUUGCAGUGAUUGGCAGUAACACAGUGAUCGAAGUGAAGGGCAGACGGGUGAGGGGGCGGGUGUACCCCUGGGGCGUGGUGGAAGUUGAAAAUCAGGAUCACUGUGACUUCGUCAAGCUGAGAAACAUGCUUGUAAGAACCCACAUGCAGGACCUGAAGGAUGUGACCAGAGAUGUUCACUAUGAGAACUACAGAGCGCAGACACUGCAGAGAAUGAACAAGGCUGUGUUCCAGAGAAAUAAACUGAAGCGAGACUCCAGCCCAGACUUUGCCAAUGUGCAGGAGACAGACCGGAUCAUACAGGAGAAGGAUGAGGAGCUGCGGCGUAUGCAGGAGAUGUUGGCACGUAUGGAACAGCAGCUCGAGGAACAGAAACGCCAGUCGACGCAGACCACUCCCAAACACCAGCUGGUCAUCUAAGCACUUACCAACAUCCGGUUUCUAUCAGCUAAGGUGGAACAUCAUGCAGGAAGAAGUAAUAACGCAUUAACCUCAGUCAAAAACCAAGCUUCCAUCAUGUUUCCCGAGCGACAAACUACCAUCACUGCCCCUCCCCCUAGCGUGGAACUAGUUAAGAAAGUCUGGUUGGAGAGUGGAAAGGAAAAAACAUUAUUUCUCUAGGAGACAGUGUUCAUUUCACGCAGCAUAACCACAUAACCAUUGUGUGAUGCCUUGUGAAUGUAGCAUUCUUAUGAAGCUUAAUAUAUUGUAACAUGUCCUUCAGGCCUAUAGGCUGUUAUAUAGAGUAUACGUAUAGUACCAUCUUGUAGUAACCCUUGUACUAGAGUUCACUCUUAGAAAUUAGGAUUCCGCAUACUGUGUUCCCUUCCUUUUUUACUAACAGUCUGAGACUGAAGAUUUGUGAGAAGGUUUGAGGGUAGUGCAAGUGUCUAUCUCUUCUGAACUGUGGCCAAGUUGUAAAUACUCGUAUAAUACUAAAGGUGGGGCAUGGUGUUCAGAAGAAGUCCAACCUAUUAUAGACUGUCACGCUUUACAUUACUUUAGUGUAUGCUUAAUAAUGACUGUAGUGGAAGGAUACAAUGUGGAACAAUAUGCCAUAAGAAAUAGUAUCGUUGCUUGAUGAUACCUCUAUAAAAUGCACAACUGAAGUGUCAAAAAUACAAGACUGGUAUACAUAACAAUAGGAUGUUGAAAAUAGAUGUUUUUACACUGCACAAUGAAUUAUGUACUAAUACUAGUGAAUAUGCCUCCAUGGGUGCUUCCAAGCAAGGAAAAUAAUACAAGUAGUGGCAGGCAGUGCUUUUAGAUCAAAGAAAUCUUGCUUUGUGUACAAUCAGGUAACUGAAAAACAGAACUCUUUGUACUAAACCAGGUAUCGUAUUGAACCAGCGUUUCGGUGAUCGUCUGUCACCUUACUCAGGGCAAUUCUGACUGGUUCCCAUAUUGUACUGCAGCAUAGAUGGCGCUGCUUACAGAUGUGGUCCCAAACACAUAGUGAGCAACAACACCUACAUGUAUACUGCAGUGCAAUGUGAACCAGUCAGAAUUGCCCUGAGGUAUAGGAGACAGGCGGUCACUGAAAGGUUGGUUGAAUAAAACACUUGGUUUUGUACAAAGAAGCUUCUUAUUCAUUGACUUACCAACCUGAUGCCACUGUUCACACGUACUAUCAGGUCUUAAAUGAUGCCAUCUAAGUGUAACUCGCACAACUUUUAUUCCCAAAAUUUCAACAGGACUUGUUGGUUGGAUUAUGCCAUAGGGAGUAGGCACAUUUUACAAAACCAAACUAGUGGAAUGAUCUUGAUUUACAAAGACUAGAAUACCGCCUCAGGCUAAAUAUAUCCACUUGGAGUUCAUUUAUGUGAAAGCAUUGUACCUUGAAUCUUUACUGUUGUGAUGCUGUUUUAUUAUUUCUUUUUGGUUGCAAAUAUUAUGUGGUUGUUUUUGUCCAAAAAAUUGUGGAUUUUAGUCUAAGACUAGUAAUGCUAAUAGCAGUGCCAAUGUUGGUGUAGAAUUGAUAAGUGUUUUUACUAUCAGUUUUUUUAAAACUCUUACGAUCAUUAAUGGUGCUUAUUUUUGCAUUUGUUUCAUGUUUUCUGGUAUAUAUUAUAUAUAUAUAUUAUCUAUUUAUUGUAUUGAUAAUCAUUUUGAACUUGUGUAAAAAAAGUUCAGAGAAGAGUUUAUUUCCUCAAUUGUGAGUGCAAGCUAUGUGGAGUCUAUGUUUUAUAUGUAAUGUUAUGUUGGUCUGACAGUUUUGACUUGUUGAAUAAAAAUGUACUUGAAA